AUUUGCAAGUAUUAAGAACCUAGCUUCGAUAGAGGCAGUGUCGGCUGUCUGAGGCCUAAACUGAAUUGAAACAAUUUCUACCUCAUAUUUAUUUUCUUUCACCUCUUGGAGUAAUAUUCGUGAACAUUUCUAGGAUUAAUAUCAGCGAUUCUGUGUUUUUUCUUCUGUUUUGCGAUUCAUCUGCAACUUUUAUAAUACAAAAUGGAUCACUUUUCACUGGUUUGUUGCGAAACUGAUAUCGGAGGUAAAGCACACAGGGCCAUCAAGGACCCCGUUUUAUUGAAUGACAGCAGAGUGUUAACGAAUUUGCUCUCCACAGAGGAUAAAUAUCUACCCCAUACUUGCUAUUUCAACUGUGUGCAAACUGACAUUCAACCAUACAUGAGAAAAAUGGUCACUGAAUGGAUGGCAGAGGUGUGUUCAGAACAGAGGAUGGAAGAAGAGGUGUUUCCUUUAAGUGUAAAUUAUUUGGACAGAUUUCUUUGUAUCAGGGAUAUUAAAAGAACACGAUUGCAAUUGUUGGGGGCCGCCUGCAUGUUCCUGGCAUCAAAGUUAAAAGAGACCACCCCUAUCAGCGGUGAACAGCUGGUCAUGUACACAGACAACUCCAUUACACUUGAAGAGCUUACGGAUAUGGAAUCUCAAAUAUUACAUCUUCUAAAGUGGGACCUGUCUGCGAUUGUACCCAAUGACUUUCUCGACCAUGUACUUCAUCGGAUGUCUUACAACAAGAGCAUUUUAACUGCAGUCAAAAAGCAGGCCCAAACAUUUGCUGCUUUGUGUGCAACAGAUUCUAAAUUCAUGAUGAUCCCACCUUCAAUGAUUGCUUGUGCUGCAAUAGGUACAGCAUUUAGGAAUUUGAAUUGCGAGUCAGGAACUGAAUUAAUGACAUUGCAUGCCAUCACAGGCAAUGAUAUGGAUUUAAUUAGAGGUUGCGUGGAACAGGUAGAGCAGACCAUUCGUAACUGCAUGUCUGCGUACAAUCAGAGCCAGACUCCAACAAAGCAAGACUCUCACAAGCAAGAGCAGCCCACCACUCCUACAGACGUCAGGGAGAUCAACAUAAUGGCUGUAGACAGUGUUCAGAAACCAGUGCCAGUUAUGUAUUGACCUUGGUGGCAGUAAUGAAACUACUCUAGCAUUGUGACUUGCUAUGGUGCGUGAUCCUUCAUUGAAAGGUAUCUUGUCGCUGCUCCUUGAGUCUCUCCUGAUUGGCUUCUAUGCCUUGGAAAUGUUCAUCUUAAUUUUAAAAAAAUUGACCCAAAAAAAUGAGCUCUCCAAUCAAGGAUGUACAAGCUUCUUCUCCACUUCGUCAAAGAAAUGCAUACAGUGAUUUUAGUCUGUAGCAUCCUUAUGUGGACUUAACAAAAUUUAAAAGUAUUUAAAAAUGAUUAAAAUACCUUACCGCUGGAAAUAACAAUGGAUUCGUAUGGAUAAUAAGACUUUUUUUUAACACCCAAUGCGGGUGUGGGGUAGCUGUUGCCAAAUUUGUACUACUUUUCUCCCUCUGAGAAUAUGGUUCUUUGUUGUUCUAUUUAAGUCUUCCAUGAAGAUGUAUAUUAAAAACUAAAUGUGGCCAACUUCAAUGGUCAUAAUUUUUUUUUAAAUCAUUCUCUUUGACCAUCAAAAAUAGUGAAUGCUGUGUCUGCAUAAAAAAAAAAAAAAAAUUUGUAUGGCUUAAAGUAUAAAAUGCAGUCAUGAAAAACACGCUAAUUUGUUUAUAUGUGUAGCAUUAUCUUAUUAUAGUUCUGUUAGAUGCUUAUUCUGCAAAUGGAAUGGCUAGCAAACUUGUUGAUGGGGAUAUUAUCUUUUUUGUUUAUGCUGCCAUCUUGUGGGUUGCACAAAUUUCACAAGUUAGCAUGGAUAUAUUAUCUUAAAUUUUAGUUACAGUAGUUUAGCAUUGAACAGAAACUUCUUAUCUUUGACUUGAAAACUAGACGCUUGUCUAAUCCUGUGUUCAAUUAAUGAAGCAACGAAAUAAAUUAUUUAUUGUCUCGUGUCUUAAAAGCUUGCCGAAGUAAGAUCACAUUCGGUUCUUUAGAAUACGUACAAAAAUGUAGCAUCCUAAAUGUGUAUAAAAGUAUUUAUAUUUUAACAGAAUGUGUUCAUGAAAUAUUUAAAAUAUACUUUUUUUAAUAGAUCUAUUCUAUAUAAUUUUUUGUAUAACCACAGUUUUGUCAGUGAACCAAUUGCAUCCAUCAAAAACAUGUUGACUUCAAAUCUUGUGUAGAAACCAAGCUUUGACACCAAUGUAACUGACCUGCAUGUUGUGGUCUUGGGAGGUGUUGUACAAUAUACAAUGUGAUAGACCAGAUCAUUGCGACUGAGCCUCAGGCCUUCCCAGGACCACAAUAAACUAUUAUUUAUCUGUGAUGUGGCCAGUGGUCUUUUUUUUUUUUUUUUUUAAAGUGGGGCCAAUUCUUUUUUCUUUGGUUUAUAUAUACAUAUAUGCAUGUGUAUGUAUAGAUUUACAUAUAUAUGUGUAUAUGUAUAAUAGAAUUAUGUGUUCAUAAGUUUUAAAUUUCGUACUUGGAAAGAAACUUUAAAAGAGAGAGGUGAUUCAGACAUGGUUUUAUAUUUGUGAGCUAAGAUAAAGUCCUUUUUUUUUUUGUUCACUACCAAGUAACAAAUUCAUGUACGUCAUUUUUUCUAAUCUAAAUAUGUCUCAUUUGCAUAUGUACAAUCUAAUUGUCUUACAGUUUGAUUUUAUUGUGAAAUCAAUAAUAAUAAAUCUUGUGGAUUGUUUAUUUUCAAAUAUUUUGUUCUGAUUGGCUUAUGCACAGAUAUGUGUAGACAAAAACCAUUUUAAGUUGUUUUUUUUAAUUUUUAUUUUGGUUUUGAUUUUUGAAGUGUCAAAAAAAAAAUAAAAAAAGUCGUAGCUCAAUGAAAACAUCAAAUUUAAUUCCCUAUUGAGAUAAUGUUGACAGCCUUACUAUAGUCAUGAAAUGUUCCAUAUAUAUAUAUAGUUAGAUUUCUAUAUCAAAUAGAUUCAAUCUGUAGUUUGUGCAUUGUAUCUGUCUAUCUCUGUGUACAUAACUGAAGCUUGCACCAUUGUUUUUUUUUGUUUUGUUUGGUGUAUAGAUUUAUUAACCGGCUCAUUAGCUCCUUAGUAAUCACACGUAAUUGUUUAGUACCUAUGUACAGUGUGUGUUGAGUGCUAUUACAUGUCAACACUGGCUUUCAAUCUGUAUUAAUAAAAACAAUGCAAGAGUCUCCUGUUUCUAAUCCUUCCAUUUGGAAAAUGUGAGAAGCACUGCUGGGAAUGGCUAAUGUCUAGGUGUGGCUUCUUCCUUUUCUUUCUCGUUUCUUGACAUACCUCAGUUGAACCUGUCAUUGACAUGUCUAAUAUAGCCUUUAUAUGUACCGGUAUAUCCAUGUCAAAUGUCUAAAGCUGCAUGCUUCUAAGUUGUUUUGGGUUUUUUUUAUAUUGGGGUUGACACAACUAAUUGGGGGAUCUGGGUGUAAACACACUUCCCUAAAGAAAAAUGAAUAAAAUUUUGGGGCUGGGGAUUGCUUUUUGACUUUGGAAUUGAUAUUUUUGUUUAUGAAAAUUUCUUAGUCCCUGCUAAAGUAUUGUGAUGGUUUGAUGAACUAUUCAGGGUCUUUCAGUACACCAUGGGUUCCUCUGGAUGCUGUGAUAACAAAGAGGUUGGUGAGGACAUGCACACUCUUAAUUCCACUCAGAAGCUAUUUUUGUAUUAUUUGUUUUGCUUUUAGUGUAACAUUUUGUUCUUUGUGACCAGUGAAGUACUUGAGUUUUGGAAACAUCUCCAUGAAUAUUGUAGUCAUGUCAAAAACAUUGUCCUUUUUGUUUUUUUUUGGUUAGAAGUUGUGAGUCAAUAAGCAUAGUUAUUAUUUUUCUUUUUAGUUUUUAAUGUCUUCAUCAUAAUGAGUAACCAGCUCAUUUAAUGUAAAAAGCCAGGCCACUUAAUAACUGGGUUUGUCUUGAAGGGUGAUGACCAAUGUGAUACUGUAUUAUAAAACCUAAUCUGACCCUCCUGACAUUCCUGUGUAUUUGAAGUGGUCUUUUUUUCUUCAGUUGCAAUAUGUCGUUAGAUGUACGUCUUUUAUAUAUAUACAUAUACCUCGUCAGUUUGUGUGUGUGUGUAAGACAGAAUGAAUGUAUGAAAUGAUAAGUGGGGGGUCUAAUCAAACCCUUCAAUUUUUUAAAUGUAAAAUAUUGUGAAUGAAUUGGAAAAGCCUUAUUGUACCAUUUGUAUAUAAAUCUUUAAUAAAGUAAAAAAAAAUGUUUUUGUGUUUUGUUUUGUUUCUAAAUACAAUGUCCUGUUUGAAUUAUUGAAUUUAUAAUAAAGAUCAAAUAAAUUGGC